UUAACGGUGAAGGAAAACAAUAAGGGAAAGGAACAGGCAUCUGAGUUAAAUGUUUGAGAAACCCACUGAAUGGAAUAAAUACUUAAAUAGUCUACAUACAUUUUACAUGACGCAGUCUUUGAUGACCUUAGCUGUUUUUUUAUCCGUUUUAUGGACACCAUUUCUGUUAGCUAGCUGUUGCGUAAAAUAGUCGUGUUAGCAAGCAAGGGGGUCAUUGUGUUUAGUUUUCAUUUGCCGAUAUGGACACAUACAUCAAUGUCUCUGACCAGUUCGUUGAUUCCACGAAACAACAGGAGCGCCAUUAUUACUUGCUGUCCGAGCUCCAGACGCUUGUCAAGGGCCUUCCGAGCUCCUUCCAGCAACGCCUGUCCUACACCACUCUUGGUGACUUGGCCUUGGCUCUCAUCGACGGCACCGUGUAUGAAAUCGUCCAGGGUCUGCUUGACAUCCAGCACCUGACAGAGAAGAACCUCUUCAAUCAGAGACAGAAGCUGCACACCGAACACAGAAUACUGAAGCAGGAUUUAUUGCGGAAGCACAAGCAGGAGUUGCUGGUCUGCAAGUCUCAUAACCUGGUGCUCCUGAAGUCAACUCAGCGGACAGAGACGGAGGCUCUUGAACAUCGUGUGCGUGAGGAGCAGAGGAUGAUGGAUGAAAAGAUCAUUGCUGAGAUCGACCAGAAGGUUCUGGACCAGCAGAACACGCUGGAGAAGGCCGGAGUGCCCGGCUUCUAUAUCACCAAUAACCCACAGGAAGUGGUCAUUCAGAUGAACCUGCUGGAGUUGAUCCUCAAGCUUCAACAGAAAGAGACGCAGUCUGGAACUCUUCCCUGAGACCUUGGACUCAGACCGAGAGGGACCGUGUCCAUAGUGGAUCUACUGCACAUGAUUCACUCAGGAGCAUGAUGGCCCAUUUCUGAAGGCCCACCUGACUGAAUGAAAAGUUUCAUUUUGGACUGACACUUACAGUUGCCAGCAGAAAUGGCACCAGUGUAACGUAACAUUUCAAAUGGGCUGUUGGCUACUUUCAGGAUAAAAAGAAGUUGUCAAGACUGAGGGUGGCAUCUGCUGGGCUCUUUGAGGGAGGUUGAAGAGGAGAGCAUGUCCAGCAGUGAGUGUGCAGAGUCAAGGCAGCAGACUAGUCAGUUUCUGCUGGUACACGUGCGUUCCUGUCACUGGCCUCUGCGUUUGCUACCCUGCAAGGGAAUGGUGAACUGAUAAAGCAUAGUAAUGCUCUGCAUUAAGACUUUCACUUGCCUUAAAAACAGCUUUUUUGUUUUGCUUGGAGAUAAGUACAGAGUUCAAGCUUAAUGGAUAUUUUUGUUGAUGCCGAGAAGACCAGUUUUGUCAGUAAAGCUGUGUGGUCAUGGCUCAUGUAAUAUGAUCAUCACAUGCAGCCCUGAACCCAAUAAACAUGGAAACAGAACACA